CCUUCCAUCACCACCUGUCGCUGGCGAACAACCAACCAUGAGCGCGCACAAGCAAGGCGUCGAGGACACGAAGCACCACCGCAUUCGUAUGACCCUCACCUCUUCUUUCCCCAAGAAGCUCGAGAAGGUGUGCGCCGAGAUUCUCGGUAACGCCAAGGGCAAGAACAUCAACGUCAAGGGCCCCGUCCGCAUGCCCACCCGCAACCUCAAGAUCACGACCCGUAAGACCCCUUGCGGUGAGGGUUCCAAGACCUGGGACCGCUACUCUCUGCGUAUCCACAAGCGCCUGAUCGACUUUGUUGCGACCAGCGCUCACGUGCGCGACAUCACUCACAUCAACAUUGACCCCGAUGUCAACUUCGAGGUCACCAUUGCGUCGUAGACGGCCUGUUGCAUGUGUGAGACCGCCACCAUAACCAUGUGCGCGGCUGUGUGGUGGUGGUUGUGUGGUUGUUGAUUGGUUGUUCCUUCUGCACGGUUCAUGUCGGUACAGAUUAAACCCUUCAAGGUGG